AUGAAAACUACAGGCAGAUACGGGGAAGAUGAAAAUUUGAGUGAUAUGAACACUUUCAGUAUUUCAGACAAGAUUGGGUUUGCUUCAGCUGCUACCACAACCUUUCAAAUAAGUGAGCCUCGAAGCCAAAGCAAGCCAUCCACGUGCUGUGCUCGGGUGGCCUUCGGCAUCUACCUGCUGCUGCUGACGGCGGGCCAGGGGCUGCUGGCGUACAAAGUGUUUAAGAUGCAGAGAGAGAUAUUGAAAUUUCAAGAGAAAAAUACCUCCUAUACAGAAGAGAUUCUGGAAAGUUCCUUUGCCAACAAACUGCUUUUGGAGACAAACUCUACAGAGAAGCACAUGGGACAUGAAGAAAACUGGAGGAGAAUCUUAGAAGAGGAAAUCACCAUAAUUAAAAGCAGCAAUGCAAACCUGAUGAUGAUGAUGAACAACAUCACCCUGGUUGCAGGGCCUCCUGGACGCAAAGGAGAUCCUGGUCCACCAGGGCUACAGGGACCACCAGGGACAAAGGGAGACCGAGGAAUCCAAGGCUUACAUGGACUGCAGGGUGCGAAGGGGAGCAAAGGAGAUCCUGGUCCUGCUGGCCCAAGUGGUGAACCAGGAGUGAGAGGAGAAAAAGGAGAGAUGGGGCUUGCAGGUCUCCAAGGACAGAAAGGCGAAAUGGGCAAGAAGGGAGACCCUGGGCUCCGUGGCCCCAUGGGUCCUCAGGGACACCAGGGAGUCCCAGGACUGCCAGGUUUCAAUGGUAGCACGGGGGAGCCUGGACGUCCUGGGCAGAAAGGAGAGGCAGGUGUAACUGGACAACAUGGACCUGCGGGAAUUCCUGGCCCUGAAGGCAGACCUGGUCAGAAAGGGGAGAAGGGAGACCAUGGGCUCAGUGGUAGUCCAGGAAUACCAGGCAUUGCGGGACUUAGAGGUGAAAAGGGAGACAGAGGAGUUACAGGUCUUCCAGGGCAAAAGGGAACAAAGGGAGACCAGGGCCUGCCAGGUAUCCCAGGCCUAGCUGGUCAAAAAGGAAGCAAGGGUGAUUAUGGCGGUCAUGGUCCAAAAGGUGAACCGGGAGUAAAAGGAGCCAAGGGAGACCGUGGGUUCUCUGGUUCCCCAGGAGCGAAAGGGAGCAAAGGUGAAAAGGGACAAGGCAACUUCCAUCAUUAUAUACGAAUCGCGGAAGGGGGCAGGAGGGGCCGUGUGGAAGUCUUUCACGAAGGGUCCUGGGGAACAAUAUGUGACGAUGGCUGGAGCACCCAAGAUGCCACUGUGGUCUGUCGAAUGCUGGGAUACAACCGUGCGAUCUCUGCCUUCACAGCAACAGCAGGCACUGGACAAAUUUGGCUUGAUGACGUGAAUUGCAGCGGGCAUGAAAGUUCAAUUUUCGACUGUCCAAAGCCUGCCUGGGGUGUGAACAACUGCUCCCACAACGAGGACGCUGGGCUGGAGUGUGUUUGA